AAAAAAAAAAGUCAUGUUCCGGCUUCUGAGGGAGCCCGUGGCUCUGCCCGCCGCCGCGGUCCGGUUUUCCGGACACACAAUAGUGGACAAGAGCGAGCUCAGCUGUUGCCCAGUGCGUCUGCGGGCGGCUCGGCGGCCGGCGGGGCUGGGGAGCCUCCCGCAAAUCUCCUCAGACCGGCUGUUGGGGGAAAAAAGUAUUAGCCGUCUCUCCCGGAUCUGCAAGGGGGAAAAAAUUUGGAACCAUAAAGUUGAAAACUUUUUUCUCUCAGUUUGGAAGAAGCCCUUCGUCAUGAAUGGGAUCGGCGGAGUUCGGGCGAGAGGAGGCGAGAGGCGCAAAGGAGGGGAGAUUUCUCGCCUGCCGCUCGCGCUGGGGCUCGAUGUGAAUAUAUAUUAUGUCUGCCUGUUCUCCCCUCGUCGGUGGCUAAGGCCACCACGCACCUGGAGGGCGACUACCAGCGCUCAGCGUGCUCGCUGCAGUCCCUGGGCAACGGUGCCCCACAUGCCAAGAGCAAGGAGCUCAACGGCAGCUGCAUGAGGCCGGGUCUGGCCUCUGAGCCCCUGCCCGCCCCGCCCGGCUCACCCCCGCCCAGCGCCGCACCUACCAGUGCCACUAGCAACAGCAGUAAUGGGGGCGGGCCCAGCAAAAGUGGUCCCCCAAAGUGUGGUCCCGGCACCAACUCCACCCUCACCAAACAGAUAUUCCCCUGGAUGAAAGAGUCGAGGCAAACGUCCAAGCUGAAAAACAGCUCCCCCGGCACAGCAGAGGGCUGUGGUGGCGGCGGCGGCGGCGGUGGCGGCGGCAGUGGGGGCGGUGGCGGCGGCGGCGGGGGAGGGGACAAGAGCCCCCCGGGGUCGGCGGCGUCCAAGCGGGCGCGGACGGCAUACACGAGCGCGCAGCUGGUGGAGCUGGAGAAGGAGUUCCAUUUUAACCGCUACCUGUGCCGGCCUCGCCGUGUGGAGAUGGCCAACCUGCUGAACCUCAGCGAGCGGCAGAUCAAGAUCUGGUUCCAGAACCGGCGCAUGAAGUACAAGAAGGACCAGAAGGCCAAGGGACUGGCCUCGUCGUCAGGGGGCCCAUCUCCAGCCGGCAGUCCCCCGCAGCCCAUGCAGUCCACGGCCGGCUUCAUGAACGCCUUACACUCCAUGACCCCCAGCUACGAGAGCCCGUCCCCACCCGCCUUCGGUAAAGCCCACCAGAAUGCCUACACGCUGCCCUCCAACUACCAGCCUCCUCUCAAAGGCUGCGGCGCCCCACAGAAGUACCCUCCGACCCCGGCACCCGAGUAUGAGCCGCACGUCCUCCAAGCCAACGGGGGCGCCUACGGGACGCCCACCAUGCAGGGCAGUCCGGUGUAUGUGGGCGGGGGCGGCUACGCGGAUCCGCUGCCGCCCCCUGCCGGCCCCUCCCUCUAUGGCCUCAACCACCUUUCCCAUCAUCCUUCCGGGAACCUGGACUACAACGGGGCGCCCCCUAUGGCGCCCAGCCAGCACCACGGACCCUGCGACCCCCACCCCACCUACACAGACCUCUCCUCUCACCACGCGCCUCCUCCUCAGGGUAGAAUCCAAGAAGCGCCCAAAUUAACACACCUGUGAUGGGAAAAGGCGGACGAGGGUUAGGAGAUGGAGAGAAAGAGGGAAACUAUGGAGCUCUGGGGGGCAGUCUGGAGGUCUGAAAGAGGGGCCACGGAGGUGAUAGGCAGGCUUCCUGGUCAGAACCGGCCUGGAGCUUCUUCCCCUCCCCCUGGCCUGAGAGAUUGCUUUUAUAGUCCACCCCUUGUUCCAUCUGCCUGCCAACCCAUCGGAAAGGAAUCCACAGCAGAUUGGAGAUGACCCUGUCAACCCCAGGGCUCCAGCACUACCAAGUUGGAAUUCUACGUCCUGGAGUGGGGUAGAGGAAGACGAGAUAGGAUGAGGCAGAGAAGCACAUUUUACAAACCAGACAGGAUGGCUAGGCCAUCACCAACCAACGGACUUACCUUACAUCUUUGUAGGUAAUUCCCCCCAAAUCUUGAUUUUUUUCGGUUAUCCUUUAAAAAAUAAGAAAACACAUUUCAAACCCAAAGGGCACAAAGCACGUUCCCUUCCAACUUUCCCAAAACCUCAAAUUUGUUCCUAUUUAUUUGAGGUUUAUUGAGGUAUCUACCCCCUCCAUUUCUAGCCCCAGGUUUUUCUGCUCUAGGACAUUAAUAUCUAUACAUCCCACCCCCAUCAAUUACAGUUUUUAGAGAGCUCAGGGAUGGUGAGAGAUCCUGAAAGAGCUGCCUAUAUUAUAAAUUAUAUAUUUUUUUCUUCUAAGGAAAAGUGUGUAGGCUAGGGCAGGCAGGUUGCUAGGACUGAAGGUUUGCCCAUUCUGCUGCCUCCAUCUCAGCUCCAGCUACAUCCCCCUCUCUCCACAGCAAGCAGUUGGUGACGUGAGGUUCUAUACUUUUCUUCUGUUGCUCUCUUGACUUAACGUGAAAACAGGGUAUAUUUGAACAAACUGUCUGUCCCAGGCAGGGGCUGGGCAGGGCCUGCAUGCCUUGCUCAGCCUCCUGACAGGACACUUUUGUUGCACUUAGAGUUUACAUUUUAAUGGAUGUAAAAACAACUGUGAGAGAUGUCUGGGCCUGCAGAAGUCCAGCAUUGCUCAAAAAAGCGUGUGUUCUAGUGAACAUUUUCAUAUAUAUUUAUUGGUUAUAGCCUGUUAAAAUAUUUUCUUUUUUGUAUUAUUUAUCCCCCUACAUUAUGUAUUUAUAUGAGGGAAAAAAAGGAAAAAAUUGUACUUUUUUAGUAUUUACUUGUUAUAAAGGACAUUGUGUUUCCUGUCAUGUAAAAUCAGCUAUUUUAGUUACUGUUGUACUCUAGAAAAGAGCUGUAGAUUUAUGUUAAACUCGUACUUAUGACAAUUGUAAUUAGUUCUAAAAGGCAUGAACUCAGCUCCUGAUUGUCACUGUAUAGUCCUGAAUUUGUAGAACUAGAGUUACUUCCCUCUUGGAACUUUCUUUGUUCUUCAGUAGUUACUUUUUUCCUUACCUAAAAGGGUUGUCUGUCAAACAAUUCUUGAAUAAACUUUCUG